AUGGCGGAGUGGCGCACGUCGACCCACUGCAGCCGUUGGAUCUUCAGCGCCGCUGAGCUGGCGACGAUGCGCGCCAAGAACAACCAGCGGGCCGUCGAUGCCAUUCAAAAGCACGGCCACAGCAGAGUGGAACCGUCGACCAACCCCGCCCUGGUUGAGUCCAGGGGCCAAUCAGACGCCGCCACGUCAGCGGACGGCCACACCACAGCAGCAGUGGCAGCGGGAAGAGGGGCGAACGGGGAAGGCAAUCGGGGGAUAGGGCAGGCGGAAGCAGGAGGAGGAAGGACGGGGGAAAGUGGAGGAGGGACCAAUGGGGCCAAUGGGGGGAACGGGGCGGAUGGGGCGGGAGGGGAGGUGCCGCGGCCGAAGGCGUUGAGCGAGGAGGAGGAGAGGGUGAUGUGUCGGUACUACGAGGGCAAGAUCCAAGAAGUCUGUGCCGCCUUCCGCUUCCCCUACAAGAUCUACUCCACCUCGCUACAGUACUUCAAACGCUUCUUCCUCAUGUGCUCCGUUAUGGAGCAUGACCCUAAAAGCAUCAUGCUGACAGUCAUCUACAUAGCGUGCAAGGUGGACGAGGUGUAUGUAUCAGCGGAGGAGUUUGGGAGGGGCAUAGGGCAGGACCCGCAGGUGGUGCUGGGCUGCGAGGUGCAGGUGCUGCAGACGCUCAAGUUCGACCUCAUCUGCUACGGGCCUUACCGGGCGAUUGACGGCUUCCUGCUGCAGCUGGAGCAGCUGCUAAGGGAGCCAUUCGCGUCUCAGCCUGAGGACGUGAAGAAGCAAACAAUCCAGGCGCUGACACAGGGGGCAUAUGCGGCGGUGGGGUCGAUAUUCCUCACCGACGCACCUCUGCUCUUCCCUCCAGGGCAGCUGGCGCUAGCAGCCAUCAAGCUCGCCAACAACGCCUCCUCCGCCAUCCCCAACUUCCAAAGUUUUCUUGACUCCGUGGUGGCUGCAUCCCCUCCUGCCAAGGCAGCACCAGGGAAGGAGCUAGGGGCAGGGCAGGGGCAUGUGGGUGCGGAGCUGCUGGCUGCUGUGAAGGCCGUGGAGAGCAUGAACACCUAUGAACCCCGUCUGGAUGAAUUCUUCGCCAUUGGCAUUUCUUUCACUUCCAUGCUCCACUGCCUCCCUGGCUCCCCUCUCCCUCUCUCCCCCUUCCAUCCUUCCCCUCUCCCUCUCUCCCCCUCCCAUCCUUCCCCUCUCCCUCUCUCCCCCUCCCAUCCUUCCCCUCUCCCUCUCUCCCCCUCCCAUCCUUCCCCUCUCCCUCUCUCCCCCUCCCAUCCUUCCCCUCUCCCUCUCUCCCCCUCCCAUCCUUCCCCUCUCCCUCUCUCCCCCCUUCCAUCCUUCCCCUCUCCCUCUCUCCCCCUCCCAUCCUUCCCCUCUCCCUCUCUCCCCCUCCCAUCCUUCCCCUCUCCCUCUCUCCCCCUCCCAUCCUUCCCCUCUCCCUCUCUCCCCCUCCCAUCCUUCCCCUCUCCCUCUCUCCCCCUCCCAUCCUUCCCCUCUCACCCCCUCCCUCUCCCCCUCUCCCUCUGCGCAUGCCCAUCAGUCGCAAGGAGCGCGAGGAGAGGAGCAAGUCCAAGCGGGCAUCACAUAGCGUUGCGCUCACUGCCUCCCCACUUUCCCCCACUCUUCCUCACCGCGUCUCUCUCCCUCUUCGUCCCCCUCUCCACCCCCACUCCCCGCAUGCCCAUCAGUCGCAAGGAGCGCAAGGAGAGGAGCAAGUCCAAGCGGGCAUCACACAGCGUUGCCGUCGCUGUCUCCCCGGUUUCCCCCACUCUUCAUCCCCCUCCCCUCCCACUCCUUCCCCACACCCCCAUCAGUCGCAAGGAGCGCAAGGAGAGGAGCAAGUCCAAGCGGGCAUCGCACAGCGUUGCGCUCACUGCCGCCCCGCCUGUCACCUCCUCGCCCCUGUAA